ACAAAGAUGCAACUAAAAAUUAAAAUUUUUGAAAACUUAACUUGGUCAACCAAAAUAUCCCAGGAUUAUUAAGCUAUUCUAAAAAGAGGUUACUAGGUAUGGAUUUGUCUUAUGAAAAUUAUAGGCCUGAUGAGGACUAAUGGUAAAUAUUACUAAAUUUUAGGCAUUCUCCUCUUCCCUUCCUUCCCAGAUACCUAUUAAUUCUCAACCCAACUUACCUUGAAUUAUCUCUGUUGUACAGAAUGUCUAGUACAAUGUCUAUGUUUUUGGUUUGUGUGAGACACACUAAUCAUUACAGUACCAGGUGAGAUGUAUGAAUCUGAUGUGUUAAUACUUUGCUCUUAAAACCAUAAUUGAAAGUUGUAUUCAGUCUUUAAAAUUCUAAUUUUCUGCUUCUAUAUUUGAACCUAUGUAAAUCAUGGAUUGUGUGGUACUUUAAUAAUGUAAACAGCAAGCAUGUGGAUUUAAAAUGUAUUCCCACUGAAAAACAUCAGAAUUAUAUAUACAUGAAGCUGAAUCAAAUACCAUGUGAAAAGUUAGCUUGUAGCUUCAAGAUUCUUGCAACUGAAAGGAAGCAGUUAAGUAAGGUAGUUGGCCACAAUCAGCCCUGACAAAAAGCAGCACAAGGAGAAUGGAAAAGAAAGGCAGAACUAUCCUACAGAAAGUCACGGUAAACAAGAUGACUCCAAAAUUAAAGCAAUUUUGGUACUAAGACAGUAGUUUCCCAAAGGGAAGAGUAAUUGUGUCUUUAUUUUCAUAUUUUAGUUUUCUUAUCAGAGGAUAAUUUAUGUUCAGCUCCUGGACUGGCAUACAGCUCCACUGUCAAGGAUGUGUCACCAAUGGAUGCCACCCACAGUCCACAGAAGCAGGCAUCCUCUUUUAAUAGUCUAUUCCUUCUUUGUACCAAGAACAAAUUCCUUAUUAAAAAUCCCAUAAAGUUAUUUUUAUAUUUCAGGUUAUUAUGUAGUUCAUUCUCCCAGACUUAUACAAUAUUGUUAAAAUAUAAUGUUUGCUUCCUAGAUAAUGUUAUGUGACUCUAGCUAUGACUUCCCUUUCCACUUAUAGAUUAGGGUUACCAAAUCUGGGCUGUAAAAAUCCAGUCAACCACAAGAGAGCAGCAAAGUUUUUGUAUGUUUUUGCCCUUCAGAUCUGGUAGCUCUACUCUAUGUUCCUAUACAAAGCCUACAAUUAAGGAGACACUGUAAAAUGUAAACAAACGUUUGUAAAUUCAGUCACAAUUUGUACAAAAUAAUUAUUCCUCUCUCUACUAAUAGUAGUUCAAGGGUUAAUUCUUGUCUGUUGAUUAGAAGUUUAAGAGUCAUGCUCACUUCCGCAUUCUGAUGCAUCACACCCUUCUCACUACAAGAAAAAGAACAAAUUAGCUGUUUUCUGCAAGAUUACUACAUACAGGAUGAGUUCAGUAAAUAAGCUUGAUGCUUUGAGCAUUUUUCACUAAAAUGGGGAUUAAGCAAGACUAUACAAAUUGAAAUGCCCAUUCUAGAACAUUAAGAUUUGAUCAUUGCUACAAUGAAAACUUGGCUCCUAUUGACAACUGGACUGUUCCUUCUGUCCUCCUGUUUGUGCCGGAAAGAAAGCAAAUGUGGCAACAGCAGCUUGAACUUUCCACAUGAUAAAUCACACCCCAUUAAGACUUUUUACGGCACUCCACAAGACACGUAUGAGCCGAUACCUAUUUCUGCCACAGAUGGGCUGCCAAAGUCCAAUCACAAAAAAGAAAAAUGUCCUAUGGAGCAAUCCAAUGUGUCAUCACUGAAAGUAAAUAACAUCACCAUGGAAUACUUUACUAGCUCACUGAGCAUGAAGAUGUUACCAGCUAUAUACAUAGCUGUUGUCUUAAUAGGAAUACCAGCCAAUGCCGUUAUACUGUGGAUGCUAUUUUUCAGAAUCAGAUCAGUCCGUACUGCUGUAUUCUACACAAAUCUGGCUAUUUCAGAUUUCCUUUUCUGUAUAAUGCUGCCAUUCAAAAUUGCAUACCACCUGAAUGGCAAUAACUGGAUAUUCGGAGAAGCAAUGUGUCGAAUCAUGACUGCUGUCUUCUAUGGAAAUACGUAUUGCUCCACCCUGCUUCUCACUUGUAUCAGCAUCAGCCGUUACAUGGCCAUUGUUCACCCGUUUACCUUCAGGACUCUGCCUAAGCAAUUCUUAGCUACUCUAACUUGUGGAAUGGUGUGGACGGUUGUUUUUUUAUACAUGUUGCCUCUGAUAAUAAUGAAACAAAGCUAUCGUCUGGACCAGCUAAAUAUCAUUACCUGCCAUGAUGUUUUUAAUGUUUGUGAAACUAUGCUUCCUUUCCAACACUACUACUUCAUCUUUCUUGCAGUAUUUGGAUUCAUGAUUCCCCUUUGCAUUGUUAUUUUUUGUUACAUUUCAAUUAUUCGAACACUCAAGGCUUAUGACCAAAAGUGGUUCUGGUACAUCAAAGUCAGUCUUCUUAUCCUUAGCAUUUUUGCUAUUUGUUAUACUCCCAGCAAUGUUAUACUGAUUGCUCAUCAUCUGAAUUAUUAUUAUAGUUCUAAAGAUAAUUUAUAUUUCUUUUAUCUGAUUGCUUUGUGUCUAAGCAGCUUGAAUAGUUGUCUUGAUCCAUUCCUCUAUUUCCUGAUGUCCAAAAUCAAUGACAACACCAAGACUUAUCUCACCAUGGUUAAAAUAGGCCAGGAAGAACAAACAUGACAAACUUCUGUGAUAUUUGAAAAAGUUGCACAAAAAAGUUUUCACAAAAUUAACUAUUUAAGACUUCUAUUUUUAUAAUGUCAAAAGUCAAAUUAUAUGAAAAUACUUAAAGCUAUUUGUAAUUAUACUGCUGAGGAAAAUGUUUAAUUAAUAGGGUUAAAAGUUAAACACUUUUUGUUUGCUUUGAUCCUGUUUUGGUUGUAGCAUAUCUUCAUAUUUGAGGACAAUAAAUAAAUAAAUAAAUCUGGACUUUCUCUGUAGAGUUAGUGAUUCUUUAAAUUUAAGCAGUAUUAUAUUUCUAACAAAUUUCAAACAAGUAACUACAUAAAGGUUUAAUGUUUAGUUUUAAUGAUUACUUGGCUAAAUCUGAAUGCUGUUAGUUGUCAGAUUAAUCAACUAAGCUUCAACCUAUUGACCAUCUUGACAUUUAAUCCUUUUCUAAAAAAAUCAACAAGGUAGAAAUGAAAACACACACAUGCUUCAUUUAAGCACUGAAGCUACCAGUCAUACAAGCAUUUUGAAGGUGAUGGCUUCAAGAGCCUUUCAAGUUCUGCUGAGUCCUGGAAGUCCUUCAAAGCAGCUGUACCAAGCCAUGGAGGAUGUAGCUCCCAUAACUCUUUGAGGAGUGGUACUAUGCUGGCAGCCAUGGCACGAGGAAAUCACCCAAAUGAUUUGCACAGCUCUAGUUGCUCCUGGCUUAUGGGCAUUUUCCACCCUACAUUGCUAAACUGGAGUUUGUAUGUAUUGCUUGAAAUAGUAACAGUUAGACAACAUGGCAAACUUACUAAACCCGAAGUAUGUGCAGUCUAAGGCCCAAGGGUCAUAUGUGGCUUUCAAAUGUCUUGAAUAUGCCCCCAGAGAUUAGCAGAAAUUAUUACCAAAUUGUAAUCUUUAAAGUGACAUGAGAAGAAAACUAUUGUACAUGUAACAUAUUAACUAUAUUUUAGUUAAAUUUAAAUAUAAAUUAAAUCAAUUUUAGUUUUUGUUCUGGUCCUACAGUAACACAACCCUGCAUGAAACUGAGCAAACUCAGGGAGGCAGUGAAGGACAGGAAGGC